AAGACAUAUUAUCAUGGGUUCCCCUAAACCGCUUCUUCAAGAUUUUCCUCCUGGUCCUUUGGACGAGUAUCGAAAACAAGCUUCAUUCGACUGGAAGAAAUUGAAAAUCUUUAUUGAAGAAGAGGACAUACUCAGGUUUAAGCUGGAAGUAUGGGAGAGAAUGGAAAAUGAUCCACUUUUCCAGCAUCCCCCUGUUGCACUUACAACGGAGCAGAGCAGAGAACAAACAGUUAGAAGAAUGUACCAACUUCGAAAGUGGGAUGUCUUACCAUUUGACGUUUUGAUGCAAAAUCCAAUGAAGGCUUUUGCGUUGACGUCGGCUUUGAGCCAGAUGGACCCAUCCCUGAUGGUCAAAUUCGGUUUGACGUUUGCCUACUUCCAAACUGUGAUUUCUGGAAUGGGAUCGAAACGACACAACCACUUUUUGGAAUCCCUUGGAAGAAAUGAGAUCGGAGGCUGCUUUGCUUUGACUGAAAUCGCACACGGUACAAACACAAAGGGGAUGCGGACAACCGCGACCUUUGACCCCGCCACCAAUGAGUUUGUGCUGCACACUCCUGACUUUGAGGCCGCCAAAUGCUGGGUUGGAAAUCUAGGCAAAUGCGCCACUCACGCCAUUACUUAUGCAAACCUCAUCACGCCUGACGGAAAUAACAACGGACUCCACGCUUUUGUCGUUCCGGUCAGAAAUCCUAAAACUCUGAAAGCGUACCCGGGAGUGCUCGUCGGUGAUCUGGGCGAAAAAAGCGGACUGCAUGGUGUCGACAAUGGAUUUAUGAUUUUUGAUCAAUAUCGCAUUCCGCGCGAAAAUUUGCUCAACCGGACUGGAGAUGUGACAGAAAGUGGACAGUAUGUGUCGCCCUUCUCCGAUCCAAACAAGAGAUUUGGAGCCUCUUUGGGUGCUCUUUCAAGCGGCAGAGUCGGCAUCAUCGGGAUUUGUGCUGCUUAUCUCUGCAAGAGCAUUGUGAUUGCCGUGAGGUACUCGGCUGCUCGAAGGCAGUUUGGAGAUGCUGGCCAAGGCAAAGAAAUGGCAGUCAUCGAAUACCAGCUGCAGCAAUGCCGCCUCUUCCCUUACCUUGCCGCCGCCGUCGUGCUCAACCAAUUUACCGAUAACAUUGCGCGAAAGUACAUUGAGUUCCAGAUGGAAAUGAUGAUGGGAGGAGAUAAAAAUAGAAUCGCUGAUAUGGGUAUGGAAAUCCACGCUGUGUCAUCUGCUGGCAAGGCCCUUGCAGCUUGGACUGCGACCAGCGCCUCCCAGGAGUGCAGGGAGGCCUGCGGAGGACAUGGCUACUUGCGAGUGUCGAAUCUGGGGGAAAUUCGCAACGACGUUGACGCGAAUUGCACUUACGAGGGCGAAAACAACGUCCUCCAGCAACAGACGGCCAACUGGCUGCUCCAGAUUUGGGCCAAGAGGAGAGAGGGGUCAACUGGAAGCCCGUUCGGCUCUGUCGAUUUCCUCUCAAAUUGGGAGCGGAUUCUAAGAAGCAAAUUCAGCGCCAAGUCUAUCGAGGAGGCAGUUCGUCCUGAAGCUUUGCUGGGCGCCUACGAGUGGAUGAUUUGCUGGCUGGCUGAAGAAACUAGCACCUUCCUGAAGAAAAAUUCGAAAGACGCUUUCAUGGCUAAAAGCGAGUCGCAAAUGUUCAGAGCCAAAACGCUCUCCAUGGCAUUUAUUGAAUAUUACGCCUUGAAAUCUUUCUGGGAGUUUGUCCAAACGAGUGGGGAGUUUCAACCUGUUUUGACGACAGUGUGCUCCCUGUACGGUGCUUGGGCUUUGGAAAAACACCUGGCAACACUUUACCAAGGUGGCUUCGCAAGCACGCCCGACGCAGCGCGCCUCAUCAGGGACGGAUUGAUCAUGCUGUGUGCCAGGCUGAAACCGGACGCCGUCGCACUUGCCGACGUCUUGGCUCCCACUGACUUUGUGCUCAACUCCGCCCUCGGCCACUCAAAUGGAAAGAUUUACCAAAAUCUGCAGGCAGCCAUCCUACAGGGACCAAAGGUGAUGGAGAGGCCUGACUGGUGGCAAGUCGUUGCCCAGGCUUCCAAAGCUAAACUGUGAUUCUAUUGUGCUAUGAUUUGUUUCGUUUUGUUUGAAAUAUUUUAAAUCUAGGAAAUUCAUGGUGAUUAAAAUUUGUGAUAAAAAUUAAAAUUCUUAUAUUUUUACAUUUUAAAA